CAGGAUAUGGCGACUUUAGGCUUGCGUCGUGCGUUGAAUGAAUUUCUUACUCUAGACGAACCUAUAAUUCUCUUUAGGGUUUCAGAGUUGAAAUUUCCCUCGUCUUUUAUCGAUUUCGUUCUCGGAUAAAUCAAUCGUUGCGUUGUAACCAGUCGUAGAAUUCUCAGUCCACAGCUUGGGAAUCGUACAGGAAUGGGAAACGAUGGCUAUGAAAUCCCCGAGAACGCCAAUGAACAUUGCCCGGGGCCUCAGUCCGAAUCAGCUGGAAAAUCUGAUGCUUGUGAAGGAUGUCCUAAUCAGCAGGCUUGUGCUACUGCUCCGAAAGGACCCGAUCCAGAUUUGGUCUCCAUUGUUGAAAGAAUGGCAACAGUGAAACACAAGAUACUGGUCUUGUCUGGCAAGGGCGGUGUUGGCAAGAGUACGUUCUCAGCCCAACUUUCUUUUGCCCUGGCAGCUAUGGAUUUCCAGGUGGGUCUCCUUGAUAUUGAUAUUUGUGGUCCAAGUAUCCCAAAGAUGCUCGGUCUGGAAGGUCAAGAGAUUCAUCAAAGCAACCUUGGUUGGUCUCCUGUGUAUGUUGAGUCAAACCUUGGAGUGAUGUCAAUUGGAUUCAUGCUCCCCCAUCCUGACGAGGCUGUCAUAUGGCGAGGACCUCGGAAGAAUGGAAUCAUCAAGCAAUUUCUGAAGGAUGUGUAUUGGGGAGAGCUUGAUUUUCUUGUGGUUGAUGCGCCACCUGGAACCUCAGAUGAGCAUAUUUCAAUUGUUCAGUUCCUCCAGGCAACUGGAAUAGAUGGUGCCAUUAUCGUUACUACACCCCAGCAGGUGUCCCUCAUAGAUGUAAGGAAAGAAGUUAGUUUCUGUAAGAAGGUUGGAUUACAGGUUCUGGGUGUAGUUGAAAAUAUGAGUGGUUUGUGCCAACCGUUGUCUGAUUUCAGAUUCAUGAGUGUGACCGAGACUGGUGAACAAAAAGACAUGACACAGUGGGUUAUUGAGUACAUGAAGGAGAAGGCUCCAGAAAUGCUUAAUUUGGUUGCUGUUAGUGAAGUUUUUGAUAGUAGUGCUGGUGGUGGUGCUAAAAUGUGCAAGGAUAUGGGAGUUCCCUUCCUUGGGAAGAUCCCGUUGGACCCUCAGCUGUGUAAAGCAGCUGAAGAAGGAAGAUCCUGUUUUGAUGAUAGUAAAUGCCGGGUGAGUGCCCCUGCAUUGAAGGCGAUCAUAGAGAAACUAUUGUCACAACUGGAGGUAUCAAGAAUGGAGGAUUGAUCCUAGGCGUUUGUUCCUAACUGAUGUAGCCUGAUAAUUUAUUUCAUUUUUAAGUUUCUCUUCGUCAUAUACGUUCUUCAUUUUGUUUGAGUUAAUGGAGAAAGGGUUGUCUAAAAUUAAUAAAAGGAAGUUUUCUUAGGUUAUUCUCAUGGAAUUAAUAGAAUGACCCCAUUCUAAAUAAUUGCAGGAUAUAAUUUUUGUUUGGUGUACACCUAUUUGGGGUCACUGAAUAAAUUGAGGCAUGGAAAUGGAAUGGAGCUUGUUGGUUUCA